AUGGCAAUGAAUAAGUACAUGCAUCCCAGAAAUAUAUACAAAUCACCUCCUAACUUCAAGCAACUAGCCCUGGAUUAUCCAGAGUUUCGGGAGUUCCUGAAACAAGACAUCACCGGUAAAGUGAACAUCGAUUUUCAAAACGUGAAGUCACUGAGAGCCUUGUCUUGUACUUUGUUGAAAAAUGAUUUCGGUUUAGAAGUUGAAAUGCCACUGAACAAGCUGAUCCCUACAAUUCCUCUUCGUCUCAACUACAUUCUAUGGUUAGAAGAUCUUAUGAGUUUAACUGGAAAGAAGGAAGGUGUUAAGGGUAUUGAUAUUGGAACAGGUGCUUCUUGUGUCUACCCACUUCUUGCUGCCAAGAAGAACAAAUGGUCCAUGGUAGCUACUGAAGUAGACAAGGAAAGUAUUUCAUAUGCCAGAAAAAACAUUGAAAGAAAUAAUAUGCAAGAUUUGAUUGAGGUAACUGAAGUAGACAAAAACACCUUCUUGAAAAUAAUUGCAGAAAAUGGGGAUUAUGACUUUUGUAUGUGCAACCCCCCAUUUUUUGCUAGUACCCAAGAAUUAGGCUCUGGUAUGAACACAAGAAAUUUGUCCAGACCUAGGCCAAAGAAUUCUUUCUGUGCCUCUGUCAAUGAAGUUGUAGUGAAAGGAGGAGAAGUGGAUUUUAUUAGUUGCCUUAUAAAUGAAAGUAAAGAAGUAGGGGAAGCUGUGAAAAUUUAUUCAACUAUGGUUGGUCAUAAAAAGUAUCUACCCCAGUUGAAGAAAUUGCUUCGCGAAGUACAGGUGACUAGUUUCAAAGAAACAGAGUUUUGUCAAGGCAAUACUACACGUUGGGGUUUGGCUUGGACAUUUUGUCAAUCUCUGGACCUUAAAAAAUGCCCUGAUCCAAUGAAACUAGUUGAAAGGAAAUUGAAAUCUAAAGAUCCUUUGUGCUUUAAACUUCCCGUGGUGGAAAUCAAUGAUCUGCAUUUUUGCUCAGCUACUGAUAGAUUACUAGAUAUUUUCUCAAGCUUACAAAUGUCUGUAGAAGAAGUUACCAGGAAGAAUAACAUUAGACGUUUUUUUGUAUCUGCUUUCUCUAAUAACUGGUCAAACCAAAGAAAAAAGCGUAGAGAAAAAAACAGAAAGAUGAAUGAUAGCUUAGAUUCUGUUGGAGAAUAUAGUGGAAGCCCAUCUUCUGAGGAACAUAAAUUGCAGAGUCCAAGACGAGAAGAUGACAAUAACAGUAUUGAUUAUGAUGCAAAAUCACCAGGAAAGAGGACUAAUCAUGAUCAUUUUGAAGGAGCUUUUAUAAAGAAGCUCAAAAUCAUUGAUAAUGAACCAACAAUAUUUUUCAAAUUUGUUGCAACAAUAAAAUAUGAUGAUUACAUCACAUUAGAGUUGGACAGUUUUGAUAAUACUUAUAAUAGGGAUUAUUUACAUCAGAUAUUACAAUAUAUUAAGAAUAACUUCCAAUCUAGUGAUUGA